AUGACUACCUCUAUGACACCGAUGGAAGACGCCAUCAAGCAAAAGGUCACACAAGAACUUCAACCGACGUCUUUGGAAAUCUUCAAUGAUUCGCACAAGCACGCUCAUCACAAGGCAAUGGUUGGUGUAACUUCAAGGGAGACACAUUUCAGAGUCAAUAUUGUUUCGGAUGCAUUCAAAUCAAAGAUGCAACCAGCAAGACAUAGAAUGGUGUACACGCUUUUGAAAGACGAGCUGGCUGCUGAGGGUGGUAUCCAUGCCCUUCAGCUCAAGACUCGCACGCCCGAGGAAGAGGAGAAGGCAAAGGCAAGGGAGGCAUAG